CGGAAGUGGCCUUCCACAUGUUUGUGCCACCGCCGGCCCCGCCCCCUCUGUUCCUCCGCCCCGCCCCCUCAGCUGUUGAUGAUUUCCGGUUCCGGGUUCUUCUUCUUCCAGCAGCCACAGAGCAGAGGGAGGAAAGAUGGCGGCGGCCCAGUCCGACAGAGACCCAACGUCCGCUUUAUGUUCUGAAUUCCUGAAUUUCUCCGCCAAAGACACCGCGUCGCGGUGGCUGCCGGCGGCCGACCUGCAGCAGGAGGUGUACCGUCACCUGGCCGUGUACGUACCCAGAAUCCUUUGCCUGGGUCCCAGCGGGGGCAGCAGCAGGGAGGAGCAGAGGGAGGAGCAGAGGGAGGAGCUGGCCUGUCAGCUGCUCCUCCUGGCUCCUCUGGAGUGGCUCCUGCUGGGGGAGGAGCCGGCCACCGGCCUGGCGCUCCUGCAGGAGAAGAACCAGCCUUCACCACUGUGCGGACACGUGUUCAAGGUGGGAGAGCCCACCUACUCCUGCAGGGAGUGUGCAGCUGACCCGACCUGUGUUCUGUGCAUGCAGUGCUUCUUGGGCAGCGUUCACAAAGAGCAUCGAUACAGGAUGACCACGUCAGGAGGUGGAGGUUUCUGUGACUGCGGAGAUGCUGAAGCCUGGAAGAAGGGUCCUUGCUGCCAGAAACACACACCUGCAGCCAACAACAGAGACACAGAGGAGGAUCCUGUAGCUCAGCUUCCAGCUGAUAUGGUUGCCCGUGGUUACAGCAUCUUCUCCAUCAUCCUGAAGUAUGCUGUGGACAUGCUGACCUGGGAUCAGGAGGACCAGCUACCUGCGGGACUGGAGCCACCGGAGAGAGGAGACACCUACUACUGCAUGUUGUUUAAUGAUGAAGUCCACACGUAUGAACAGGUGAUCUACACUCUGCGGAAAGCCGUCAGCUGCAGCCAGAAAGAAGCUGUCAGCUUCGCCACCAGUGUGGACAGAGACGGCAGGAAGUCAGUUCGAUACGGAGAUUUCCAGUUCUGUGAACAGGCCAAGUCUGUUAUAGUGAGGAACACCAGCCGUCAGUCCAAGCCUCUCAGGGUUGAGGUGAUGCACUCGUCUGUUGUCGCUCAUCAGUGUUUCGCUCUGAGGGCUCUCAGCUGGUUGGGACAGGUCAUUCAGUACUCUGACGGUCUGAGGAGGAUCCUGUGUCAGGUCGGCCUGCAGAGCGGUCCUGAGGGAGAGAACUCCUCGCUGGUCGACCAGCUGAUGCUCAACGACUCCAAGAUGUGGAAAGGAGCGAGGAACAUCUACCACCAGCUGCUGAUGAACAGCCUCCUCAUGGACCUCAAAUACAAGAAGUUAUUUGCCAUCCAGUUUGCCAAGAACUACAGACGCCUCCAGACAGAUUUUAUGGAGGACGACCAUGAGCGAGUGGUGUCAGUGACCUCACUGUCUGUUCAGCUCUUCACUGUCCCGACCAUGGCCCGGAUGCUGAUGGUGGAGGAGAACCUGAUGACGACCAUCAUCAGGACCUUUGUGGAUCACCUCCGUCACAGAGACCUGCAGGGACGCUUCCAGUUCGACCGCUACACCGCCCAGCAGGCCUUCAAGUUCGGACGAGUCCAGAGCCUCAUCGGAGACCUCAAGUACGUCCUGAUCAGUCGUCCCUCUGAGUGGAGCGAUCAGCUCAGAAUGAAGUUUCUAGAAGGUUUGGACGCUUUUCUGGAGCUGCUCAAGUGUAUGCAGGGUAUGGACCCGGUGGUGAGACAGGUGGGGCAGCACAUAGAGAUGGAGCCUGAGUGGGAGGCAGCGUUCACUCUGCAGAUGAAACUGACUAACAUCAUCUCCAUGAUCCAGGAGUGGUGCUCCACUGAUGAGCGUGUGCUGAUCCAGGCCUACAGGAAGUGUCUGAGCGCGCUCAGUCACUGUCACAGCGGCCUUCCAGACGGUGAGCAGCCAAUCAGCUUGAGUCUGGCCGGUCACUGCGUGGAGACGUUCAGGUACCAGGUGUCUCAGGACAAAGUGUCCAUACACCUGCCGGUCUGCAGACUGCUGGCAGGUCUCCACGUUCUCCUCAGCAGGACUGAAGUUGCCUUUCGCUUCCCUGAACAGCUUCCUCUGGGGGAACUCAGCCCCCCCCUCCUGAUUGAACUCCCCCUCCGCUGCUUGGUGCUCUGUGCCCAGGUGCAUGCUGGGAUGUGGAGGAGGAACGGCUUCUCCCUGAUCAACCAGAUUUAUUAUUAUCACAACGUGAAGUGCAGAGUGGAGAUGUUCGACAAAGACAUCGUCAUGCUGCAGGCGGGGGCGUCCAUGAUGGAUCCAAACCACUUCCUGAUGAUCGUUCUGAGUCGAUUCGAACUGUUUAACAUUUUCAGCUCCGCAGACUGCAGGAAGCGAUACAGAGAGGCUAACAAGGAUGUGGUCCAGCAGAACAACACUCUGAUCGAGGAGAUGCUUCAUCUCAUCAUCAUGGUCGUCGGUGAGCGGUACGUGUCAGGUGUCGGCCAGGUGGAGCCCUUUGAUGAGGUCAGACGAGAAAUCAUCCACCAGCUGUCAAUCAGACCAAUGGCUCACAGCGAGCUGGUGAAGGCUCUGCCAGAGAAUGGGAACAAGGAAACGGGUCUGGAGAGAGUCAUCGACAGCGUGGCUUCAUUCAAGAAGCCAGGUGUAACAGGUCGAGGUCUGUAUGAACUGCGUCCUGAGUGGAACAAACACUUCAACCUGUACUUCCAUCACUACAGCAGAGCCGACCAGUCCAAGGCUGAGGAGGCUCAGAGGAAGCAGAGGAGACAGAACGGAGAGGACACAGCCCUGCCCCCCCCUCUCCCUCCCCCCCUCUGUCCUCUGUUUGGCAGCCUGGUGAACCUGCUGCAGUGUGACGUGCUGCUGGCUGUAGAGGGCGCUGUGCUGCAGUGGGCUGUGGAGCCCAGCGGUGGAGGCUGGACCGAGUCCAUGCUGCAGAGGGUGCUCCACCUGGUGGGCGUGGCUCUGCUGGAGGAGCAGCAGCAGCUGGAGAACAGCAGCGGAGACGAUGACGUCACCUUUAACUACACCUGCAAGAUCACACGUCCAGGUGAAGCUCCCAGUACUUCAGGAAGUGUCCUGGCUCUGUUGGAGAGUCUGCAGAACGCUCCUCACCUGGAGGUCCACAAAGACAUGAUCACCUGGAUCCUCAAGAUGGUGACAAACAUCAAAACGAUGAGAGAACGAACGUCCUCCACCUCCACCGUCGCCAUCAGCCAGGGACAAGGACUGGAGGAGACGGUGCGAGACAAAGACAAGGCGGAGAGGAAGAGGAAGGCGGAGAUGGCUCGGCUCAGGAGGGAGAAGAUCAUGGCUCAGAUGUCGGAGAUGCAGAAACAUUUCAUCAACGAGAACAAAGAACUUUUCCAGCAGAGUCUGGAGGAGCUGGAGGCCUCCACGUCGGCUGCUGCGGAGAGCAGUCCUCCCAGUUCAGAGCCGUCCUGUGUCUCUCAGGUGUGUGUUGGUCCCAGGAGGGUGGGCGGAGCCGAGCGCCGUCAGCUGGUGACCUGUAUCCUGUGUCAGGAGGAGCAGGAGGUCAGAGGUCAUGGCAGAGCCAUGGUGCUGGCAGCGUUCGUCCAGAGGUCGACGGUUUUGUCCAAAAACCGCCGCCGCAACCUGCCCGACCCCGAGUGUCACGACCCUCUGUUCAUGCACCCUGACCUGUCUCUGGGGAUUCACACGGCCAGCUGUGGACACAUCAUGCACGCCACCUGCUGGCAGAGGUACUUUGAGGCGGUGCAGUUGAAGGAGCAGAGACGUCAGCAGCGUCUUCGAGGUCACACCAGCUACGACGUGGAGAACGGAGAGUUCCUGUGUCCGCUGUGCGAGUGUCUGAGCAACACCGUGAUCCCUCUGCUGCCACACACACACACACCUGACCACAGUGUCGAUCAUCCCAGUCUGGAGGCGUGGCUUAAAACGACCAAUCAGCAGAUAGCAGCACUACACUCCGCCCACAGGAGGCAGUCUGACGGUGUAGCAGAGGGGGCGGAGCCUGCUGUUCCCGAAGGAUUCAGAGUCGACUUCACUCCACAAAACCCGUUCUCCAGCAGCAUCAGUGAGAUGAUCACCACCUUCAGCAUGUCGACCUACAAGGUGGGACUGAAGGUGAACCCCAACGAGCAGGACCAGAGAGUCUCGGUGCUGAUUUGGUCCACCUGCGCCUACACCAUCCAGAGUAUAGAGCGCCUCCUGAUGGACGAGGAGAAGCCACUGUUUGGAAGUUUACCUUGCCGACAGGACAGCUCUCUCACCAGGUUCGGUUCAUCCUGUUGGACGGCAGCUCCACUGACAACAGCUCACACACACUUCAUCAGACUGCUCGCAGCCCUGGUUCCAGACUCUCAGGUAGAAAACACUCUGUGUAUCCUCGACAUCGACAUGUUCCACCUGCUGGUUUACAUUGUGUUGUCCUACAGCUCAGUUCACAGUCUGGACCAAUCAGGACGGAGAGUGGUCGACUCGGCCCACCUCCACCUCCUUCAUCUGGUCACUGUGGCUCACCUGGUUCAGGUCCUGCUCACCUCCACCACAGAGGAGGUGUGUAUGGAUCAGGACAGUGGGGGGUCAGAGGAGGAGGAGCUCACCUGCCAGCUCUACAACACACUGAGGAAACACCUGGGAAGUGUGUUACCUGAAGUGGCCUCUGGGUGGCAGCUGUCUCGUUGUGUUAAAGUUGGUGUCCUGCCGUUCCUGCGAUCUGCCGCGCUCUUCUUCCACUACCUGAACUCGACAGCGCCGCCUGCUGAUCUGCUGGUUGCAGGUCCUGGUCAGUGGGAGGCGCUGUGCAGCUACCUCAGUCUGCCCUCCAACCUGCUGCAGCUCCACCAGAGCCACCAAUCACUGCUGGAGCCGCUCAUACACAGGUGGUGUUGUCAUCCAGGUGUGAGACAGACGCUGCAGGGCGGCGGCGUCAUCGUCAGGUUCCCCAGAGACUCGAACCGACUGAUCGACCUGCCAGAAGAUUACAGCGUCCUGAUCAACCAGGCGUCCAGCUUCACGUGUCCGCGGUCAGGAGGCGAUAAGUCUCGAGCUCCCACUCUGUGUCUGGUCUGCGGCUCCAUGUUGUGUUCUCAGAGUUACUGCUGUCAGACGGAGGUGGACGGAGAGGACGUAGGAGCCUGCACCGCCCACACCUUCACCUGUGGAGCCGGCCUCGGCCUCUUCCUCAGGGUUAGAGAGAGUCAGGUGUUGUUAGUAGCAGGUAAAACAAAGGGCUGCUUCUAUCCUCCUCCCUACCUGGACGACUACGGAGAGACGGACCAGGGCCUCAAGCGGGGGAACCCCCUCCACCUGUGUGCGGAGCGUUACAGGAAGAUCGAGCGUCUGUGGCGUCAGCACAGCGUCGCUGAGGUCAUCGGUCACGCUCAGGAGGCCAAUCAGACGCUGGUCGCCAUCGACUGGCAGCACCUGUGAUGUUCAGCACCGCCCGUCCUUGUUUAGAAAGACGGCCAGCGAUUGGCUCGCGGCCGUUUGCCCGGCCUCUUUUUAAUAACGACUCCUUCCUCUCAACCAAUCGGCUUCCUGCGGCCCAGCGCUGAGCUCAGAUCAGCUUUCAGGGAUUUUUUCAGGAUUUUUAGCUUUUUGCUUUCUGCUUCAUGGAGGCUCCUGACCUUUGACCUCUGACCAAUCAGAGAGAGGCAAUAAAACUCACUCCAUCCUCUCUGUUUCUGCUCACACAGACAGGAAGUUAGAAUCGUUUGUCAUUUUUAAUUUCAGUUUUCUUCAGAUUUGAAAUUUAGUUUUGGGAGAUUUUCUGACUUUCUGUGAAUCUUUAAAAAUCCACAUGAAGUUCUGCAGGAACACGACAGGAAGUGAGUCUGAGUGAAGCUCCGCCCACCUGCUGCUGUCAUUCAGGUUGAUUGACAGGCCGCUUCAAGCAGUUUUAUAUUUAAUUUAGAAUAAAUUUAAACCUUUGUUUGCGCUCGGCAUGAUGGGAAAAGGCGCGUGUUUCAGACGUCAGAGUCGCCGCUCACACUUCAGGUGUGUUCGACAGGUGAGCCGUUCAGUGACGGCUCAGGUGUGUUCGACAGGUGAGCCGUUCAGUGACGGCUCAGGUGUGUUCGACAGGUGAGCCGUUCAGUGACGGCUGUGCGACGGCUCCUUCAGGUUCCUGACAGUUUGUGAUCAUCAUGAAACAAAAGAUGAACAACUGUGAAGGAGAGAAGUCAACUACGACUCCCAGGGUGCAUUUCACUAACAAAUAGCCAAUCACAGAGCUUCACAUUAACAGCGAGCUGAGGCUCAUGGGUAUUGUAGUAUUUAGAGACAGAACAUAAACCUGUUGACGGUGACAUCAUCCAGGUGAGUUUCUGCUUUGAGUUGCAUUAAAGAAACAUUAAAAACACAGAACGAGGAAGCAGCAGCUCGUCACUCGAGGUUAUUUGACAGCACAAUGUUGUGUUUUAUUAAUUAUAUAUAAUUAAUUAAACACAAAUGAUUAAACUGAGGCGACAACGUGCAGUAAGAACAGAAACAGACUUAUCGUGAAAUCUUCUUCCUGUAGCAGCCGAAUUAAGUCUGAUCAGUUGAUUUUGUAGCGUUUCCAUGACAACAGAUUCCCAGAGUUCAGUGCGUCUGUGAAACAUUUGAAGCAUCAUGAAUGAUCAAUGAAAACUUCUUUGUGUCUUAUUGGCGCUGGAGCUCGGAGUAUUGAUCAGCUGACAACGUAUCAAAGCACAUAUCAGAAGUACGUAUUGAUUAGGAAAGAGGCUGAUAUCGGAUUUUAGUUUAGUUUUAACAUUUUAUUUAAAGAGACUUUGUGGGUCAUGUGAGCUGUGAUGUCACUUCCUGUUAAAACGAGUUGGUUGUUUUUUAUGGCUUUGAGUUCUGAGACGAACAGAAACAGAAAUCUUCCGUUAUUUAUUUAUUUAUUUAUUUAUUAGUUUGUUAUAAAAAUCUGACUUUCUUUAAACAAGUGAAAAACUUUGUUUUCUUGGUUUAUUUUUUGUUUUCACACGUUUAAAUAAAAAGAGAUUUUCAGGUGAACAAACGUGUUCACAGCAUGUCGCCUCCUCACGCUGACUUGUUAAUAUGUGAAUUCUUGUAUAAAUGAGGAAAUGUAUAAUAUUGUAUAAGAAUAACAAAACCAAUAAACAUUUUAAAAGGA